AUGGAAAAUAAUCAAAACAAAACCAACUUAGAAGUAGAAGGAGAUGGAGAUGUUACGGAGAAGAGGUGGAGUAAAGAGGAAAAGCAGGAAAGUAUAGAGAAGACGAGAAAGCUGCGAGUUGUUCUGGAUCGACUGCCGAUCCCAGACACAUCUACAGCAAUUGAGGAAAGCGCAACCGCGCGGAUAUCUGAGCCGGAUGUCGAGUCGAUGGUUAGUGUGUCGUCCACGCCAUCGGCGAGCCGAGUCGGGUCACUGGACCGGGAGUCAUUUGGCCGUUUCUGGAGCUGCAGAUCAGCUCCCAAGAGAGGUAGAGAAGAGAGUGAGGGUAGUUCCACAGACACUCCCGGCUCCAAGGACCGGAAAAAGAAAGGACGAGUCAAGCCACCCACAACGGGAGAAUACGUCGGCCUCGCUGCUGAAGAAGCCUACCGUAAGGCGCAGCGAGAAGAGAAGAGAACACGCGCUGAGGCCGAGAUUCUGGACUCAGUUGCGCAGGCUCGCAAGACCCGAUCGACAUUGUCGCUAUCGGAGAAUGAAGAGUGUACCCUCUAUGGAGGAGACAGAUCGGACACGACAGCCACCGUCUUAAAACGGAUGGAGGCCAGUCUCGAAGUGGUAACAAAAGUUGCCACUAAAUCGAGCAACCUAAAAGGCGGCUUCGUUCAAGCCCUCAAACAAGCUGUACUUGACAUUAGAAAGGAUGCAGCUGCGCUCGCACAGAAAACUAUUUCAGAAGAGACGCGUGCGCUACGCGCGGACAAUGAGCGCCUCCAUCGUGAAAUAGAGGAGCUCAAGAAGCGAAUGGAGACGCAGAUGCCGGGCCUCGAAGAGAUGGAAGCCCGUAUCUACCGAAAUCUCGGGGAAAGGCUCAAUGCACGCCUUGAGGACCUGGAGCCAAGGCUCAAUCCCGCGCAACGAGUCCGUCCCCCGCUCGCGGCAGAUAUAGCCACAAAAGGCAGAGUCGAAGCAGUUGCUUCAAUCCCAGCUACUGCCCGACAGGCCUCAGAAAUGAAGAAAAAUAGGAAGAAGAAGAAAGCCAAAGCAUCUGGCGAGAGCAGUAAGAGUGUGCCCAUACCAGAAGUGCCCUCUACGUCCGCCACCGUUGCGCUCCCUACAAACCUAGGCGUUAAGAGCCGAGAUGGCGAGAGCGCAUGGGUUGUAGUUGGCAAACGAGGUAAGGAUGUCAAUGACCUGCCGACUUCGCCGAGAGUGCGCCAGGCACGCGCUAGUUCGAAGACUAGCCCGAAGAAGAAGGCUUCACCAAAGCUCCGGGUGACACGUUCUGCAGCCGUGAGCAUUACAUUAGUAAAAGAGGCCGAGCAGAAGGGGCUCACCUACGCCGACAUUAUAAAGGAAGCGAGGCAGAAGAUCGACCUCAACGGCCUCGGCUUAGAGGCGGUCAAGUUCCGCCGUGGAGUGACCGGGGCCGCCAUACUACUAAUUCCCGGUACUGGGAAGGACGGCGUCGCAAACUCUCUCGCGGACAAAUUAAAGGAGGUACUGCCCGCAGAAAGCGUAAAAGUGGCUAGACCUCAAAAAGUUACGAGCGUCCGCAUAUCCGGACUAGAUGACUCAGUCACAGCCGAAGAAAUCCGUCUUGCGGUAUCGGCAAAAGGAGAGUGCCCCACAGAUCAAAUUCGG